AUCGCUUGGGUAGGUUUCCAGGGAAGGCUGUGAGCUGGAUCCCCUACUCCGCUGGCGGCGCGAGGCGUCUGGCUCUUCGCGGCGGCUGCGAGGGGAGAAAGAGCGCGGGGGCUGGGUGGAAUCGAGGAGUGAGGAAAAAGGGAAGGGGCGGGGGAGAGGGACCAGGGAAGGCAUCAGGGGGAAUCUCGCGAGGGUUGGAGUUUUGGCGAGAGUUUGUGGAAGAUGGCGCCUGUUGUGACAGGUUAUUGAAAUUAUGAAACUAUCAUUCAAAUGGAAGCAUUGUAGUUCUUCGGAACCAUUAUGAUCUCAAAAGGAAAGGAGAAUGAUACAGAUACACUGGCUGAGGUGUUUUGAGGUGCAUCGAAGUGUUCCAACCUGUGGCUUACCUUAACAUGUUCUUGAAGUACCAUGGCGUGGAUUAAAAGAAAAUUUGGUGAGCGGCCUCCACCUAAACGACUUACUAGGGAAGCUAUGCGAAAUUAUUUAAAAGAGCGAGGGGAUCAAACAGUACUUAUUCUUCACGCAAAAGUUGCACAGAAGUCAUAUGGAAACGAGAAAAGGUUUUUUUGCCCUCCUCCUUGUGUGUAUCUUAUGGGCAGUGGAUGGAAGAAAAAAAAAGAACAAAUGGAACGCGAUGGUUGUUCUGAACAAGAAUCUCAACCAUGUGCAUUUAUUGGAAUAGGAAAUAGUGACCAGGAAAUGCAGCAGCUGAACUUGGAAGGAAAGAACUAUUGCACGGCCAAAACAUUGUACAUAUCUGAUUCGGACAAGAGAAAGCACUUCAUGUUGUCUGUAAAGAUGUUUUAUGGCAACAGUGAUGACAUCGGUGUGUUCCUCAGCAAGCGGAUAAAAGUCAUCUCCAAACCUUCCAAAAAGAAGCAGUCGUUGAAAAAUGCUGACUUAUGCAUUGCCUCAGGAACAAAGGUGGCUCUGUUUAAUCGACUUCGAUCCCAGACAGUUAGUACCAGAUACUUGCAUGUAGAAGGAGGUAAUUUCCAUGCCAGUUCUCAGCAGUGGGGAGCAUUUUACAUUCAUCUCUUGGAUGAUGAUGAAUCAGAAGGAGAGGAAUUCACAGUCCGCGAUGGAUACAUCCAUUAUGGGCAAACGGUCAAACUUGUAUGUUCAGUUACUGGCAUGGCACUCCCAAGAUUGAUAAUUAGGAAAGUUGAUAAGCAGACUGCAUUACUGGAUGCAGACGAUCCUGUGUCACAGCUCCAUAAGUGUGCAUUCUACCUUAAGGACACAGAAAGAAUGUACUUGUGCCUUUCUCAAGAAAGAAUAAUCCAGUUUCAGGCCACUCCAUGCCCGAAAGAACCAAAUAAAGAGAUGAUAAAUGAUGGGGCUUCCUGGACAAUCAUCAGUACGGAUAAGGCAGAGUAUACGUUUUAUGAGGGGAUGGGCCCUGUUCUGGCCCCAGUCACGCCUGUGCCUGUCGUAGAAAGCCUUCAGUUGAAUGGCGGUGGGGACGUAGCAAUGCUUGAACUUACAGGACAGAAUUUCACUCCAAAUUUACGAGUUUGGUUUGGGGAUGUAGAAGCUGAAACUAUGUACAGAUGUGGAGAGAGUAUGCUCUGUGUUGUCCCAGACAUUUCUGCAUUCCGAGAAGGUUGGAGAUGGGUCCGGCAGCCAGUCCAGGUUCCAGUAACUUUGGUCCGUAAUGACGGAAUCAUAUAUUCCACCAGCCUUACCUUUACCUACACACCAGAACCAGGGCCGCGGCCACAUUGCAGUGCGGCGGGAGCAAUCCUUCGAGCCAAUUCAAGCCAAGUGCCCCCUAAUGAAUCAAACACAAACAGCGAGGGAAGCUACACAAAUGUCAGCACAAAUUCAACCAACGUCACGUCAUCGACAGCGACAGUCGUGUCCUAACCGCCGUCCUUUGCCAGGACUCACACUGACUUAAGUGCUGCACAGUGUUGACA